UAGAGAUAAGAACACAGGUCGCGACGCCUACCUUAUCAGUUCAAGUUUGCAACUUUUAUCGUUUAAUUAAUGAGGGAAUUAGGCUAAGGAACUACUUGGAAGAAAUAUGCUAGCUCUUAUAGGCGUUAUAUUAGUGUUGGUGUCUGGAGAAGUGGUAGGUCAGCCUGUUAGUAGCUGUAAUGACCUUGACGAACAAGCAUGCCUACUCUUCCAGAAAGCUAAACCUGACCUUUGCUCUGAUCCUACAUUUUCUCAAGGCACGUGCAAACGUUUCUGUGGAAAUUGUCCUCUCGAGUGUUACGCAUGUCCAACACCAGUUCUCGACCCUGACGACUGCAAUACUACGAUCUCAUGUGGUUCUAAUCAGACAUGUAUGACAAAACAUCUUAAGGCUUUGGAUGGACAUGACGAAUACAUCAUGAUGUGUGAAAAGAAAGAGAUUUGUGAAGGCCUGAGCCUAGGCUUUGCCUUUGGUAAACGUGGUUUGAUGUUUGACGAGGAGACGGAGGAUGACGUUGAAGAACACGACAGAAACAGACGUGAUGUCACACUAUCUUGUUGUGACACAAAUUUCUGUAACAUGCCUACAAAAACGACAACUACAACGCUGCCACCAACAUCGCCGGGUCCUUUCCCUCACGGAUGUAACCGGGAUAUUAUUUUCGUUCUCGAUGAUUCUGGAAGUGUUGGAACCACAAACUUUAGACAUGCGCUUGACUUCGUCAGAAGCAUCGUGCAACAGAUUGAAGUCGGACCGACAAAGGCACAGAUCGGCCUGCUGUCGUACAGCACACAUCCCCAGGUUGGUUGGUAUCUAAAUAGAUUCGACAACAAAGUCGACGUAAUGAGUGCUGUCAACAAGGUCCAUUACCUAGGUGGCGUGACACACACCAAUGAAGCUCUUGAGACGGUACGCACACAGUUAUUGACACCGCAGCAUGGAGAUCGUUCUACAGCAGAAAACGUUGUACUUGUUCUGACGGACGGCCAGUCGAAUAAUCAUAUAGAUACGAUCAGAGAAGCAAACCAGUUACACCAAGAUAGUAAAGAUGUUAUCAGCAUUGUCAUCGGAUCAGGCAUCAACACAAACGAGUUGAACGCCAUCGCAACAGACAAUCAUCACGUGUUUGAUCUACGUAGUUACAACAACCUGAGCUCAAUUCUUCCUCAGCUCAUGCAAAUAAUAUGCAAUGCUUGAACGUUUAUAAAGAAUAAAAAAACACAGAUUAAAGGAAAAUUUCACAAUGA